AUGCCUAAGCGCACCGGCGGCAGCCGUGCCCGCUCACUGGCCUCGACGCCUUCCAAGGAGCGCCCUAAGGACACUGAGCAGCGGGAAAAGAGACUCAAAACCAGCUGCAAGCGCGAGCCCGUCGCGGGUCUUCUGGAUAUCAACACUGUACUCGAGGUACGCAAGGUGCUUGCCGUCUCCGCUUUGCAGCCAUGUCCCGUGUUCAUCUAUUCCACCAAGUACCGGUAUUCGCGCAACCGUUGGCUCUGGGAGUACGCCAGCUACAAGGGCUACUUCAUACAGAAAGCGGCGGGCCGUGAAUCUGUGCUUCGUCCGGUCCUUGGGCUGCACAACAGCAUUACGGACGUGACGAGCGACCUGAUAGCCAUCGGUUAUAGCCAGAAGCAGCCCACGAUCGUGGUAAGGUCGCGACGGCAUGCGGUUGCUUACUGCCGCAUGGCCCGCCAGACAUGGUUGCGACACAAGAUGCAGAAGAGGCCUCUAGAAAACUGUAGACUGCAGAGAGUAGCCGGAGUUGGGUACGAACCUCCAGGCGUCGAAGGAAAUCAGGUCAAGGACUUCAUGUCGCUAGCUAUGGAGUCCUUUCGGCAGACGCAUGACCACGUGGCAUUUCCUGUUCUGUCUGGCCUGAAACAGCACAACAGCGACUCCGCGUGCUUCCUGAAGAAAAUGCAGCUGCUGAAAAACAAAUGCAGUGGCACAGUGAAUGAUCCAGAGUCGGAGUUGAAAGAAACCCAGCUCAUGAUUCCGAUCCAGGAAUGGCCUCGGACAAAACUUGCGUGGGCGACGGCGCCUUACGCAGCGCAAGACGAUGACAUGAACUUCUGCAGCGAAGCCGUCGUCGCUCAAAGGCGUGACCUUCACACGUCGGAAGACGUCUCUGUCUGCUUGCUGUAUCGCCUUGUGCUAGUGACGCACAACAUCCUGAAAUACCUUGUCACCAUCAAUAUCGGCAGAUCGACAAUUGUGAAAGAGAGAGCCGACGAAGCCUUGGUCGUUUCUAUCCGGCAGCAGAUGACGGACAGCGUGCUGGAAAUGUUUCUGGAUCCAUGCGCGCAGGUGGUGGACGCGCUAUUCGAAGCAGUGAUGUGCCGAGCCGCAGCACUAGUUGUCAAGGGGUGCACAUCCAAGCACUUGCGCGUGAGAACGCUGCAACAGUGCCGUCUGGGUAGCGCCGUAGCGUCCUGGCAGCUGUCGACACUGCUCCUGACAAGUGUGGGCGAGGCUUUCGCCGAGGCCAUUCUCACUGAGGUCGGAAGCGACGAGCAGACUCGCAAGUACUGCAGCGACUGCCUUAGCCUGAUUCCUCGCUUAAAGGAUGACUGCCUGUACCAGAUGUUCCAAGCACUCUCACUGCGCCAUCGAAAGGUAUCAUUGCUGCAGGCAGCACAGAACACCGAGCCAGUGGAUCCAGUCACCUGCUCAGCCGUGACCUUGCUCACGAAAAUGAGCAUCACGUACGCACUGCACCUGUUCCACACACAGAAAGCGCUUCCAAAACAUGUCUACUUGUAUGAGCAAGAUCUUGAAGAUGACUUCUCAAGCUUCCUCAUGUGCCUCAACGGUCUAUUCACUGUGAGCGUGCCCCAACCUCCUACUUCAGUUUACAAACUGACUGACGGUCGCCUCAAAGCAUUCAUGAUGAAUAUGCUUGUGGCAUACUACAAGGAGGUGAUAGAGCCUUCUGCCUGCGAAUGGCAGCAGACGACAGCGUUCGACUAA